AUGGUUUAGAAUCACUGCUCUCAAAAACGAGACUGCAUUCACAUUAUUGAUAAACAAUGCUAUAAAACAGAAUUUAGAUACUACAAUGAUUAAAUUCGAUUUUUCAAGAGGCAAAAUCAGAAAUUGGACUUUCUCUUGAGAGAUUUCGCUUUUUGGAAAAUUGCUGUGCCAUUUGAAGAAAUAAUCCAAAUAGGAUAGCAGUAAGAUAAAUGGAUGAGAUUUAAAUUUAUUAAUAAGAGUGGGAGACAUUAAAGUGCAGUGGCAACACUUGAUCAGAUAUUACAAACUUACUCUGAUUGA